AUGUCAGAAUCUAACCCUGCUGCGCCAGGCCGUCCGCAGUUGUUGGGCGCUGUGAGGCGAAGUUCCUCCUAUCUCCAGGAGCACCAGCAGUAUCGCGCGCCUCACAUCCCCGAUGGGCAUCUGGGUAUAGACACCAUCGUGGAGGAUUUGCAAGGCGCACGUGUGUCGCCACCCAAGUCCUUCGGCCCCUUCAAUGGCGUCCCCUCUAAGGACAACCCACCCCGCAUCGUCGAGGGCGGUAGCUACGAUUUCACCCACCCCAACUGCGCACCGCGAAAGGGCGAGAAAACCAACCGCUUGAUCGCGACUUUGAUAUACAAGCCCCGGGCGCGGGCGUCCAACACCAUCCCGUCGCCGCAGUUGACGGCCUCGGAAUCCGACAUCCCCGCCAACCUCGCCCCCACGACCGACAUCAACAACUUUCCCCUUGAACCGCCCGCCGGCGAGCCCGAGCCGCUCGACCACCUGUACGGGUCCUACAUCUCGCCGCUAUGCAUCACGUCGUUCCUGCACCUCAUGUCCAAUUUCCCCCUGCCCCGCGGCGAAACGGAAAUGACGUCGUCGCACCGCUGCCUCGACAACCCUGACCACCCGCGCGUGGUGGAACUGUCGCUCUCUCCCGCUCCCGCCGCCGACUACCUGCCCCUAGCCGACCUGCGCAAGCACGAGCUCAUCUACCGCUUCGAGCGGGAGUGGAACAUCGACGUGGCCCUGCAGCCCGACACGCCCUGGCGACGAUACCCGCGCCUCGUCGUCUUCGACAUGGACAGCACUCUCAUCACGCAGGAGGUCAUUGAUCUCAUGGCUGCCACCAUGACGGAGCCGGCCGAUCUCGCCCACAACAUCGCUACCAUUACGCACCGCGCCAUGCUGGGUGAGCUGGAAUUCGAUGCCGCUUUUCGCGAGCGCGUCGCCUUGCUCAAGGGUCUGCCUGCUAGUAUCUUCGAGCAACUCCGCCCCGUGCUCGACAUCACGCAGGGCGUGCCCCGACUCAUCAAGGCUCUGAAGCGCCUCGGCGUCAAGACGGCUGUUCUGUCGGGCGGAUUUCUGCCCCUGACUUCGUGGCUGGCCAGCGAGCUGGGCAUUGACCACGCGUACGCGAACGAGGUCGAGGUUGACGAAGCGGGCAGGCUGACGGGAGAGGUCAAGGGCGUCAUUGUGGGCAAGAAUCGCAAGCGGGAACUUGUGCUCGAGAUCGCAAAGAAGGAGGGCAUUGCGCUCGAACAGGUCGUGGCUGUGGGCGAUGGCGCGAAUGAUCUGUUGAUGCUGGCCACGGCUGGGUUGGGCGUCGCGUGGAACGCGAAGCCGAGGGUCCAGAUGGAGGCUAACACGAGGUUGAAUGGCGAGUCAUUGGACGAUUUGAUGUACUUGUUCGGGUUUACGAGCGAGGAAGUGGAGAUGCUCACUUCGUGA